GAAAAUAAAACAAAAAAAACGCUUGGCUGAUGAUCCUUCGGACCCUCCUUCCAGAAUGGCUGUCUUAGAUACUGUGCCAUUUAUAUCUCUUAAAAAUACUCGUUGUUUGUAUCGAGGAGAAGGAAAUGCUAACCUAGUCAUUACGAUUCCGGAUGAAAAAGUUAUUAUUAGAAUGGAAAAAUGUGAUUAUCAUAUGAAAAUUAGUAGUGAAAUUAUAGAAAUGCGAGAGAACAAAGUCAAAAGAGGAGUCGAAUUCCAUUUGAAGAUAAUAAUGCCAUUUUUAGGAAAGGCAUUUAUUCAGCCACCAUUAUUGGGAAGACUUCAUCAAGAAGAGAUAGCUGAACUGGACUUGGAACUUUAUGAAAAACGUCCCAAGUUUCGUCUAGAAAAAGGAAUCCGCUAUGAAUUAUUUACUAUACAUCCAGAUUACACUUACCUGCCUCCUGCCUUAAUAAAUAAUUCGACAGAGAAACCAUUGAAUGGAUCUUCAGGCUCUAAAAAAUUGGCAAAGAUGCAUAAUUGUUUCUCACAAAUUGGCUUUUUAUCAUACCUUCCAAAUCAGAUUAAAAAUUAUCAAUCUAAUGAACCAACGUACUGUAUCGAAAUAAAGCCAAAGCAAGGUUGGGUUUAUCCAUCUGACAGGCACCAUCCAAAAUGUACUUAUUGUCUAAAUCAGUUUGUAAAACUGAAAAAGAAGAGAAUAAUGCGGAAAAGCGACUAUUGUCCUUUAGAUUUGUUCUCAGGUAAUCUGAAUAGAAUGAAAAAGGCUAUCAGAAACUUAAUAAUUACCCCACAAAACAAUCUCAAAAUCUUUAAGAAUGGUGAUCUUGUGUAUGGUGACGAGACCAAAAGAGAUAUUACAGAAAUUCUCUCGGAGUGGUUAGAACCCCAAAAUAAAAUUAAUAGUUUUAAUGAAGAACGGCUUUUAGAUAAAUGGGUUUCUCUUGUUGCUGAGGCGUUGAUGAAGCAAUUAACAGAAGAACCCCCUUUUAAUUUAACUUUGAUUAAUAAUAAAAUUGAAUCUAAAAAUUAUAAUAAAAAUGCAUCCCCGCUGAAAGGAAUAAUAGAACCGUGUAACUGGUCCCCUAGCAUUCUUCCUAAUAAUUGUAUAUUAAACAGGAUUUUGAUGAUGCAGAAAUUGCAGGAGCUGGAUUUCUCAUCGUUAUAUGACAUUUAUUGCAACAAGAAGAGUACUGAAGGAGAUUAUGACUAUGUUGACAGGUUGCUCUAUUAUAGUGAACCCCCGGGUGAUAUUGAAAGAUAUUUACUAUCAACUACAGCUAAAGACUGUUCAAUAUUUUUAGCUUUUCAACAUACAAUGUUCAAAUCUGAUAAUAGCCUCCAUUGCAUUCAAGACUAUGAUGGAACUAUGUAUUGGAUGAAUGUAGGAAUAUCAGAUAUAGAUCCGAAGCCGCUCUCAUGUAUUGAAAAGCAUUACAAAAGGGAUAAAGAUGUAGUCGAUGCGUCAGAUGCGUUAAAUGUGCCGGCCUACACGCCGGCUUCAGACACUUGCCAGAAGCCAAGAGAUGAGCCUGCGACGUGUGCUCUUUGUGGCGAAGCCCAUCCUGCGAGCUACAGAGGAUGUGAAGUGUAUAAAAAUCUUUACAAACAAAGAUCACGAAACUCAGCGGUGAAAAAUCUUGGAUCUGCUCAGAAAACUUACACUGAUGCACCUGAAAUUGAAAAUCAGGAAAUUUUCCCAGCAUUGCCGACUUCACCUUCCCUUGUCAUCCAACAACAACCAUCCAUCUCUACAGCUAAGGACUCGCCUCACCAGAAUCUCAGAAAUUCUCACUCCCAGUCUUCCAUCAGUAAGAAGCAGCCUCAACGUCAGGCGCCUCAGGCCUUCCAAUCCAAGCCCAAAAUCCCUAAUCCUCAGCCUCAACCUCGCCAGCAAAUCCCUCCUCAUCAUUUACCCUUAAGAGUCAAACUCCCGCCAGAGCAUCCACAUCCAGCUCCAUUCGUUCCUAAUCCCAGGAUGAACCCCCCUCCACAACUUCCCUCGAUGAACACGAAGUCCCUAGCUAUUCUCUUAUGGAACGCUAAUGGACUGCAAAACCACCGUGACGAACUAGACAUAUUUCUCCAUGACAAUUAUAUUGACAUUGCUCUCCUGACAGAAACUCACUUCACCCAACGGACACAUUUCUACAUACGUGACUACAUCACCUAUAGAUCUGACCACCCAGACAACACUGCCCACGCCGGUUCUUGCAUCCUUAUCCACAAAUCUUUACCCCAUUCCCUUAUUCAUUCUAUUCCAACAGAUGCCAUUCAGUCAACUUCUGUAAUCCUCUCAACUCGUCCUUUCCAUCUAACACUUUCAGCUGUAUACUGUCCUCCUGGCAAUUCCCUCUCGUACAGCCUACUUGAAUCCUUAUUACAAUCCCUCGGAUCGCGCUUUAUUGCUGGAGGAGACUACAAUGCUAAACACCAAUGA